GCGGCAAACCGUGCUGCUGAUCAUAGUGGGCCUUUUCGUGCUCUCCGUGCUGAGCAAAGGGGAUUGCGGCUCACUGCUGGGUGAUGUGAUUUGGUCUGCUGCUUUCGCCAUUGACGACAUUGUCAUGGUACCGCAGAUUUGGUUGGUAGCCAAGCGCAAGGAGGUUCCCAUGCCUUUGGCAACGCUUGUCCUCUUCAACUGGCUUGCCACGCUGAUUGAGCUGCUGUCAGACUUCAUUGGAAUACACUCCAAAGCUUUGUCUGGCUCGCAAUUUGCAAGCAAUUGCUUCAUGUACGCCUGGAACGACUUCCUGUCACUG